AUGCGUGAGGAGUUGAUGAGGUAUGUGUUAGAUUUUCAUCGAAAUGGCAAGCUUUUGAAAGGUAUAAAUAACACCUUCGUCACUCUUAUUCCUAAGAAAGAUUGUCCGCAAAGUUUAAAUGAUUUUCGUCCAAUCUCCUUGGUGGGAAGUCUGUAUAAGGUGCUGGCUAAAUUGUUAGCAAAUAGGUUGAAGUCUGUUAUCAGUAGUCAUAUUUCAGACUCUCAAUCAGCUUUUGUGAAAGCAAGAAAGAUUUUAGAUGGAAUUCUGGUUGCAAAUGAGAUAGUAGAUGAGGCCAAAAAAUUAAAAAAAGAUUUACUUCUUCUUAAAGUUGACUUCGAGAAGGCUUAUGACUCUGUCAACUGGAAGUAUUUGGAUGAUGUUAUCGGGAAAAUGUCUUUUCCGACUCUUUGGAGGAAGUGGAUGCGUGAAUGUGUUACUACGGCGGUCUUAGUAAACGGCAGCCCCAAUGAUGAAUUCUCUUUGGGCCGACGGCUUCGUGAAGGGGAUCCCCUUUCCCCUUUUUUGUUCCUCUUAGCGGCGGAGGGGUUUCAUGUCAUGAUAGAUUCCAUGAAUACAAAUAAUAUUUUCACUGGUUAUAAGGCUCUUUCCUUCUUCAAAGCUCCCUUAGGUAUCAUCGUCUGGAUUGAUUGGGAGGCCAUCUGUUUGGCUAAGGAGGUUGGAGGUUUUGGGGUUAGGAGACUUAGGGAGUUUAACUUGGCGCUGUUGGGAAAGUGGUGUUGGAGGAUGGUAGUGGAUAGAGAUGGUUUGUGGUUUAGAGUUUUGUCUGCUAGAUAUGGUGGGGUUGAGGGGCGGCUUCAGCCCUGUAGUCGGGAUGGGUCAGUGUGGUGGAAGGAUAUUGUCAAUAUUCAUGAUCGCAGUAGUUCAGUGUUGGGGAGUUGGUUUUCAGACAACUUGCGUCUUAGAGUCGGUAAUGGUGUUAACACCUUGUUCUGGUUGGAUAGAUGGGUGAGUGAUGUCCCCCUUUGUGAGAAAUUUUGUCGCUUAUAUGAUUUAUCUGAUAAUAAAUUAGCUACUAUGGUGCAAAUGUUUCAAUGGGGGUGGGGUGUUGGUGGGGAAGCUUGGAAGUGGCUGAGGAUGCUUUGGGUGUGGGAGGAGGAAUUGUUAGAGAAGUGUAGGAUUUUUCUGUUAACAGUUACAUUGUAG